AUGCCGGUUAAGAAUGUACCAACCGACUUGGACUUGGAUUUCGAUACCGAACAUGGCGUGCCGCCCCAUUUUCGCACGUAUCCCAACAUGAACCCUCCUCCUGAUCAUGAUGCGAAGGGAGUCCUCUGGCCUGAGCCAACGAAAGUCGAGGUUAGCUUCUUCAUUGACCGAAAUGUGGACACGAGGAACCGGAAGGAACUGGCCUACGCAGUUCGGACGCAGGCCUGGCGUCGUCUUACCAACUUACGAUUCGAAGAUGACCCCAGGACGUUGCCUUAUCGAUACUAUCACGUCCAGUUCAUCUUCUGUACUCAGACCCCCUUGGAUUGGUGGAUACACGUGUUCAUCCUUCGCAUGAUGAACGAGAUGGCCGGAUGA